CGUCAUCGCCGUCGGCUUUUCAGGUUGACGGCCCGCCUGAGAUGUCCGAACGAUCGCCGCCGCCUCUGCAGCGCAAUCGAUUCCGAAAGCCGCGCGAUCGUUCGCAACGCCAGCCGGCGAUUCGAUUGCUUCGCUGCGCUCCCGACUUAGGGUUUGAUCGAGCUGGCUCCGAUUUCGGAGGGCGUGCUCUAGAUUCGUUGCGCCGCUUCGGAAUCGAUCGUGCGAGGGAGGAUCCAUGGCGGAAGUCGCUCCACCACCGACGCAGCCGCAGCCGCAGCCGCAGCAGCAGGAGAUGGUCGCGGCGGCCGCUCCUCCGCCGCCGCCGCCGCCGACGCAGCGCCGGCCGCGGGUGCGGGAAGUCCGCUCGAGGUUCAUGUCUCCGGUGGUCUCUUCUUCUUCGUCGCCUUCCCCUGGCGAUCUCCACCUCCCUGGCUCCAGGUCGCCGGUCGUGAGGCACGCGGGGGCGGCGGACUCUCGGCAACAGCAUCAGCAGCAGCAGCAGCAGCGAUCGGUGUCUGCGCAGAGGCGGCGGCGACUGGACCUCGAGCCUCCGUCUCAUGCUGAUGAAAGCAGGUCGGAACUUACCAGGAGCUUGGACACGCCGUUGCUCGGAGCUGGACCGCAGAUUAAAGGGUCCAAAGUUCCGAGCCGAGCUUCGAGGCCCGACACUCCAAUGGUGAGCACUAGCAUGGAUAGAAUCGUGUCGUCGAGGUUUAGACAGACGCCCCAGAAUCUUCCGCGAGCGGUCGGUGCUGGAGCUUCUGCGGCUGCAAAAUUGUUGCAUUCGAGUGGGAUGUCACUUACUGGUGGUCAUGCUUCUGGUUCGAAAACAGCAGUUGACGAGAAUUCAAACGCAGAAACCAGUUCAGUUGCGGAUUGUAAUGGCGAGAACUCUGCACAAUUGUUGCGGUCUUCCAUGCCUGAAGCAGAUAUGUUGCCGUCAGUGUCCAACCGGUUGUUAGUGGAGAGGAAUGUGAAUAGGAUUGGUAAUCUUAGUGGUUCCGAUUCUUCUAAGAUCCCUGCUUCCCCACUCUCACGUUCGUUUAGUUCGCCAUUAUCGAGUUGCGACGUGUUAAAUUCUGUCAAGGGAAGUGAAAAAUUAGCACAUGGGUCAUCGAAGCAGUAUAUGAUGCCGAUGAAUGGUGGGAAAGUUUGUUUACCUCCAGUUGCACCGUGCACAAAGACGGUGAUGGAUGCAAAGAAGGGAAGGAAAGUUUCUGGCCAUCAAGAAGACGUACAUUCUCUAAAAUUGCUCCACAACCAUUAUCUCCAGUGGAGGUUUGCCAAUGCAAAAGCAGAGGCCACUAUGCAAGCUCAGAAAAGGGAAGCCGAGAAAAUGCUGUUUUCUCUCACUGUCAAGCUAGGUGAUUUAUACAAUUCUGUGAUGAGGAAACGUGCUGAACUUGGUAUAGUACAAAGAGCGAAAGCAGUAUCAGCAAUUCUCGAUUCUCAGAUGCCACAUCUUGACGGGUGGUCUGCAUUUGGCGAUUAUUUGGCAUCUUUGUCUGAAGUGACCCAAGCUUUGUUGAAUGCUUCUAUUCAACUACCAAUCAGUGGGAAUGUCAAGGUUGAUGUUAGAGAGGUAGGGGAAGCUUUGAAUUCAUCCAUGAAGAUUAUGGACGCCAUUGCUUCCCACGUCGAAAGCUUCAUGCCCAAGGCUGAACAAUUGGAAGUUUUCAUUUCUGAACUAGCCAGAGUGGCCAGUAGAGAAAGAGUUGUUGUUGAAGAAAGUGGUGAUUUGUUGUCCAAGAGAUACUCAUCCCAGGUGGAGGAGUGUAGCUUGAGAGGCCAGAUUAUUCAAUUUCACCGAUACCGUCAGUCAAUUUCAUGAAGGAUAAUGCUUAACAGCAGCAUCUGAUACAUUGGCUGCACUGGGAUCUAUGUGCUGAGAUGAUUGCUUGUGUUUUCACUUGGUGGUGGAAGUCGUGUGGUAAGAGUAAACAUUCAGUAUUGACACAUUCAGUUUCCUCUGCAGAAAAAACCAGGGAAAAGAUGCAAGUUCACCUUGAUUCUUUCAUUGUUUCUACAAGCAUUGUAUAUAAUUGGGCACAAUAAUGCUGAUUUUUGGCUGUAUCCUUUGUAAUGAGUUCUGUAUCUCGUAAUCAUAAUCGAUUCACUAAUGAUAAUUGGCCCUCAGCUAUUCUUCA